AUGUUUAACAGUCGCGAGGGAGAUGGUUUGCAAAGGUCUUAUUUGGACGAUGUAAGUUACUCCAAAGUGACCCUAACAGAAGGUUUCUGUCGUAAUGAUCAAAAGCGCGAUGCAAUAAACCGCAUACGAAAAGCGAAAAAAAACAGUUCAAAUGAAAUGCCGCCACCAUUUCCAAACGGUUGGUAUGGUAUUCUAGAAUCAUCGAAACUCCAACCCGGUGACGCAAAGUUUAUAGCAUGUUUGGGAGAGAAACUUGUCGUCUAUCGCACACAUGAGCAUAACGUUUUCAUUUUGGAUGCAUAUUGUCCGCAUUUAGGAGCCAACUUAGGCAUUGGUGGACGAGUUGUUGGCGAUAACAUUGAAUGCCCAUUUCACCAAUGGAGUUUUCGGGGUGAAGACGGGGGAUGCAAUAAUAUUCCAUAUAGUACUUCGAUUCCUCGAGGUACCAAUGUUAAAAAAUGGAUUUCGCAGGAAGUUAAUGAUUUUAUAUUUAUUUGGUACCAUGCUGAGUCUUCGGAGCCUUGGGAGCUUCCUGUACCUAUGGAAGCUCAGAAAAAAAAUGUUUACCAUGGGCGAAAUGAAUUUUACAUCAAUUGUCAUAUUCAGGAGAUACCAGAAAACGGCGCUGAUAUGGCGCACUUUGCCGCUAUUCACAAUGAAAGCUUUCUUGCUGGUAGCUUGGCACCCAGAAUUAGUGUUCUGAGCCGGUUUGGAUGUCAUAAAUGGAAUGCAAGUUGGUUUCCAACAACAGGAAAAGAUAAGCAUAUUGCUGAAAUAGCUCUCACUCACUCCCUAAAAAUAAUUGGAAAGGUUAAUUGCUUUCAGAUGAAAGUCUCCGGGAAACAGAUCGGUCCGUCCUACGUUUACCUAACAAUGAAUUCAUCCAUCUUUGGACAAAUCCAAAUCUUGCAAACGAUAACACCAAUUGAGCCUUUACUGCAAAAAGUGGUACAUCGAUUUUAUGGACCACGUUGGCUAGGUCCCCUAUUAAAAGUAUUUAUUUACGGAGAAAGUAUAAUGUUUGAACGCGAUAUUAAUAUGUGGAAUCAUAAAGUUUUUCGCCGAAAUCCGAUACUAGCUAAGGAAGACACUUCUAUUAAGCAAUUUCGAGUUUGGUAUUCACAAUUCUAUACAUCCAAUAGCAAACAAUUCUCAGACGUGACCAACGUAGAUUGGUAAACGUGAAAAGCGAAUAUAAAAUUUCAAGCAGUAAAUGUAAACUCCAAAAAAAUUGAGAAUUCUAA